AUGAAUCCUAACAGACCUUUAUUUUUAGGGUAAAAUCAUCGUUCUUCCUUGCUUUAACCCUAAGAAGUCCAUCCAAGAAGUUAUAGUGUUUAAAUAUAAAGUAAUCGGUAGAACAUUGGAUAUUCUAAUUAAAACGAUUUGAAAUAAAGUCAUUUGGCAUAAUCUUAUUUAGACCAUUAAGAAAGAUUAUAAUAAUAAAUGGCUGCAUAAAAUUAAAUUUUGAAAUAACAAUUAAUUGAAAUUGAGAAUAGAUAAUUGAAAUUAUAAAAUGAACUUCUUUCUCAAUAAGUUUAGAAAAUUUAAAUUGAUUUAGAAAAUACAAUAAAAUUAAUAUCAAAAAAAAAAAAAAAUCCAUCUAUUAAAUAAAAUUUGAGUCAUUUGUCUUCAAGUUCAUAGGUAAGUUAAAGAAACUAAAAACAAAAAAGUUUAUCUAUUGCUUCAAGUGAUACAAAAGAAAUAGAUUAAAAAUUAUAAGAAGAAAAAAACAAAUUUGAAGCUAUUGAAUUUCAAAUUUCAGAAGCCUUUGAUGUUUAAAAUCAUAAAUAAACAAAUAAUGGAAAUAUGAAGAAAUAAAAAACUUAAAAAAGAUUAAGAAGAAAAAAAAAGAUAAAAAAGUAUUUGAUAGCUGUUUUAGCUUGUAUUCGUUUAUAAUGGAAAUAAAGAGCUAAAUUAAAAAAAUAAAAAUAAAAAAUAUUAAAAGAGAAAUUAGAUAUAGCUAAACAAAAGAUUUUAGCAAUUCCAGAGGAAAAUAUUAGAAAUCUUCUUUUGAUAUGGGUGAAAGAUCUUUUUGAUGAAAUAAUUUAAAUUUUAAACAGUAAAGAAUUUUAAACACAUUGCGAUAAACCUAAUUAUGAUGCCAAUCAAGAUGAAAAUAUAACUUAUAGAUAAGAAUUAAUAAUAAAUUUAACAUAAGUAUUUUUUGAUCGCUUAGAAUAAAUGACAAGAGAAAAAAAUCUACCAACAUUAAUAGUAGAUUUAAUGUACUUAUCCUUAUUUCAUUCAUAAAAUCCAAAAGUGUCUUUGUUUGUAGCUAAGAGAACAAACUUUUAUGCUAAAAAUAAUAUCAAAAUUUCAAAUCAAUAAGAAAUGUUGAUUAUUUCAGAAUAUAUUUUUUUUCGAUUAAUUAUAUAGUACAUGUUGAAGAUAUUUAAUUCGCUUAAAUAUAAGAAUGAAACUCAUGAAAAAUUAUGCAAAUUUUUCUCUACAAUCAUAGCAAGUUUUAUCCAAAUUCUAUAUAUUGAUUUUUUUGAGGAUUUAAAAUUCGUUAAUUAAAUAAAUGUUCAAUUAUAUUAAAGAAAGAUUGUUUUAAAUGAGAAUUUAUAAGCCUUUAUGUUAGAAGAUGAUCAAAUUGAUGAAUAAGAAUAAUUGAUUUUAGGAUUGCAUGAUAGAUAAUAAUUUGAAAUACUGUUUUAGCAAUAGAUGGAUUGGAUUACUUAGAUAGGUAAAAAGUUUUAUUAGAUACUCUUAAACCUUCAUAAUCAAUUAUGA